GUUCUGUCAUGUUUUGUAUUGAAAAUACUUGUGUCUGAUAAAUUGACGAGAAAAGACGUAAAUUAAAGUUUUGUCAAAUCAAAAGAAGUUUCUUUCAUAAAAAAUUCAAUUGUUCAACUCAUUGUUUGCGAAACGAGAGCAAAUUUACUGCUAUCAUGAAAAUCUUCGUCGCUCUAUUUGCGGUCAUUGCAGUUGCAAUGGCUGAUUCGCCCGACUAUCCAUCGGUUUUCGGCGAUAUGCGAGUGCCGUGCAUCUCAAAAACUGUCGAGCAAAUCGGAUGUGAAGUUCGUGCCUCGUUGGAAUACUUGAAAUUCGGCGCUUAUUGGUCUCUGGAUAACACAAAUCGUCCCGGAUUCGCCAAAUUCUUCUUCGAAUCGGCCAGCGAGGAACGUGAACAUGCCAUUAAACUCAUUGAAUACAUGAAUAUGCGAGGUGCUCAUCAUCCGGGAGCUGCCAAUAAGAUCGAUACACUCAAGGAAUUGGAGCCAUUGUUGAAACAUGCCAAAGAAUGCAAAAUUUUUGAUGGUUUGAAGGAUGUUUGCACCGUGAGUUUCAGCGAUUAUGGCUUGAAUGGCACAACUGCCUUCCAAUGCGCAUUGAAAAUGGAAAUGGCUGUCACUGAACACAUCAAGAAAGUUAUUAAGCAGUGCGAACACUUUGAUGAGGACUGCAAAGCUACGCCAACGGGCAAAUGUUCCGACAAUGAUUAUCACUACGUCGAUUACUUGACCGGAGAAUUCUUGACUGAACAAUAUGAGGGACAACGUAAAAUCGCUGGAUAUUUGAAGACUUUGGAGAAAAUGAGCCAAACUCACGGAAACAUCGGAGAAUUCUUCUUCGACAAGACUCUCUUGGAAUAAAUCCACGACAACAAAUACUAAAAUUUUUGUGAUCCUCCGUAUUUUUCUGUUACAUUCGGAUUCUAAAUAAUUUCUUUUUUAAAUACUUGCGUUGUCAAGCGACGACAUCAUUUAUACUCAAAAAAUCGUAUUUAAUCACAUUUGCAAUAGAAUUAAAUUUUUCGUUCAAAGUUCGCCGAAGAUAAAUAAAAAAAAAGAAAAAUGUAAAAAAAAAUAUUUUGUAAGUAAAGAGUGAUGAUGUAGAAAGCAAAUAAAAAUUAUAUUAAUAAAAAAUAAAAAUUCCUCAUAGUAUAAUAGGACAAAA